GCGCCUUACCAUAGGCGCAAACGAACUCCAUUUCUCUUUCCAACACCUUUGCGAUCAAUCAGAUCCGUCACCAGCUACGCCAUGAUACUACAGGCGAUCCGGCUCCAAUCAACAUGACGCAGGUCCCGCCGGAGACAGGCGACUCUGCCGACACCACGCCCGCUCCCACCAUCGUGACGUCUCCCAGGGCGCGGCCCAAGCGAUCCAUUGGCAGCAGCACCAUUGGCACCACAACCACCUCGACGGCGACGGCGACAGGAACGGGCACAGAUGGAGAAUCCGGCAUCUCGGUAGAGGAAGGGUUGGAGGUCGAUGGGGGCCGUGCAGAUGGGGAGGAGGAAGAAACCGAGGAUGACGAUGAGGACGAUGACGACGACGAGGACGACGAUGAGGAAGAAGAAGACGAGGAAGACGAGGAACCAAAACUCAAAUACGCCCGGCUCACUGAACACCUCGGGCCUCUGUAUCGCAAUGGCGACGCCACAAGCGCCUUCUUGACGGCUGGCGACAAGAUGAUCGUUGGAACGCAUAACGGCAACAUCCACGUCCUCCAACUGCCCGCCUUCCAGUCCCUGCGCGUCUACCAUGCCCACAGCGCCUCCGUCACCAGCCUCUCCAUCUCGCCCUACCCACCCCCUCUCCCAACCUUCGACCCAAAACCUCUCACCCGUGUCUUUUCCCAAACAAACAGCCCCCUGCGGCCUGCUAGCGCAUCCACCGAAAGCCACCACCAGACCAAUUCAGCCUCCGCCGCACGCAAACGAGACGCCCAGGCCCAUGGAGUCCCCAAUACCCCCUCCAACAACAUCCACAUCGCGACCUCCUCUAUGGAUGGUAACGUCUGCGUCCAGUCUCUGAUCGACGUCAAGGAUGUUACUCUCCGCAACUUUGCCCGACCUGUACAAGCUGUUGCUCUCUCUCCCGAUUACAAGAACGACAGGACCUAUCUGUCUGGCGGUCUGGCUGGUCAGCUCAUCCUGACCGUCGGCGCCCCACAGGGCAAGAGCACGGCCACUACGACAGGAGCCGCUGCUCAGGCGGCAGGAUGGCUCGGGAACAUGGUGGGCGCAGGGUCCGGCAAGGAUACCGUUCUACACUCGGGUGAGGGCACCAUCAACACCAUCAAGUGGUCCGGAUCCGGGAAAUAUGUCGUCUGGCUGAAUGAGCAUGGUAUCAAGAUCAUGAGGACGAAGCUCCAUCUCGAAAGCGCCGAUCAAGAAGAUGCAUGGAAACGAAUUGGUCAUAUUGAUCGCCCGCAGACAGAGGAGUGGGAUACCAUGGCCAGCGUCUGGAAAGGUCGUGCCGAGUGGAUUGACGAGCAGUCCAUCGAGCCUGAUGAGCCGGGCAAGGGUCAGAAGGAGGUGCCGGCUUCUCCUGCGGCUGCGAUCCUGAAGCAGCAACACCAGAAGACCGAGAAGAAGGUGGAGAGAUUGCUGGUGGGAUGGGGAGGCACCAUAUGGUUCAUUCACGUCCACCCUGGCGGCAUGGGCGUCGGCAAACACGCGGGAGAAAGGUCCGCUGGACGGGCAGAGAUUGUAAAGCUACUUCGCAUGGACUGCAUCAUUUCCGGCAUCUCUCUAUAUACCCAAAACUUGUUAUUAGUGCUCGCAUACUGCUUACCAGACGAAAACGAGGAUGAAGAAGAUGACAAUGUCGCUCCGAGUCAUAAACACGCCGCAUCAAUAGCAUAUGGAGCAAGCCACCCAUCCGGCGGGAUCAAGCGCAGACAAAACAACCCGCCACCAGAACUGCGCCUGAUCGAUCUCACCUCCCAAGCCGAGAUUGACAAGGACGGGUUGAGCGUCAGCCGAUUCGAACGCUUGACUGCCAGCGAUUACCACCUCGGAGUUCUGCCGGCUCGCAAUGUAGCCGCCUCUGCAGCCAGCAAAGGCACCUUGGAGACUUUGGCUGGCUUCGGUACCGACAUGCUCAACGUCGGCCUGACCGGCCUCAACGUGGCGCUGAAUCCCAAGUCUCUCUUCAGCUCAGGCGCCAGCAUCAAGAGCAGAGAGAGCGACGAGGCGCCUUCGAACUACAUGGGAGGGAUUAACUCGGCAUUGAAGGGCGGACAUCGCACAGCUAUCCAUCAAAACCUCAAUAAACCCGGCAUCAAGAUCUUCAUCCACAGCCCGUACGACUGUAUCCUGGCAACAAAGAGAGACUUGGCCGACCACCUUGGAUGGUUGCUAGAACGCCAGCAGUACAGACAAGCAUGGGAGCUGGUUGACGAGCAUCCGGAGAUUGUGUCUGCGACCGACCGGGCGUCCGAGCUGGGCGGCUCCGAAACUCCCGACCGAGCCCAAAACGAUGACUUUGACGAUGAGACCUCCUCUGUCAUCGACGGCCUGCGCAGCCACUACUCUCUUGCUGAAAAGGAAAAACGACGCAUAGGCGAACUCUGGAUCCACGAACUAGUCGAAGCCAAUGACUGGGCCCAGGCCGGCCAGAUCUGCGGCAAAGUCCUCGGCACCCCUGACCGCUGGGAGAAAUGGGUCUGGACCUUUGCCGGCGCCAAUAAGUUUGAUGACAUUGUCAACUACAUCCCCACCGAGCGAACACGACCGCCCAUCCCCGGAACCAUCUACGAAGUCGUGCUGGGCCAUUACCUCCAGGUCAGCAAGCCCCGGUUCAGAGAGCUGCUGGAACGAUGGUCGUCGGAUUUGUUUGACGUUGCCACCAUAACCACGGCUCUGGAGAACCAGCUCAAGUACCGUGAUGUCCGAGAGGACAGCGUCGAGGAUGGCGAGGUAGGAAGAGAUUGGCGCAUCGUCAUGGAGAGUCUGGCCAAGUUACACGAGGCUAGCGGGCGGACCAAGGAGGCGCUCCGAUGUUACAUCAGGUUACAGGAUGCGGACUCGGCGAUGCGACUGAUUAAAGAUGCGCAUCUGGCCGAGGCGGUGGCGGACGAUAUUCCCAGCUUCAUCGGCCUUCGCGUGCCGCAGGACAAGCUCCUCAAGAUGUCCAAGGAAGAUCUUGAGCAGGCUACUAGUGAGGCCAUCUCGCUGUUGGUCGACGAGGCGCAGCAUGGCUUGGUGAAGCCGGACCUUGUGGUGUCGCAGUUACAGGAGAAGGACUUGAAGCUCUACACAUUCUUCUACUUGCGAGGUCUCUGGCGUGGUGAAGGCAUCCACGAACACACGCACGAGUCUCUAGCCCGUCUGGUCCUCGACAGCCGCACCAUGGUAGACCAAUUUGCUGAUCUGGCUGUCCACCUCUUUGCCAUUUACGACCAGCCACUGCUCAACCAGUUCUUGAGGACAUCGACAGCAUAUGCCUUUGAGAAGGCCGCCCAAGAAUGCGAAAGCCGCAACUACAUCCCCGAGCUCGUCUACCUCUACUCCAAGACCGGCCAGGUGAAACGAGCGCUCUAUCUCAUCAUCGAGCGCCUCGGCGACGUCUCCCGUGCUAUUGCCUUUGCCAAGGAACAAGACGACCCCGAUCUCUGGGAAGAUCUGCUCGAGUACUCCAUGGACAAACCCAAGUUCAUUCGUGCCCUGCUUGAGGAAGUCGGGACGGCUAUCAACCCCAUCACACUUGUGAGGAGAAUACCUGAGGGGCUACAGAUCCCUGGCUUGAGAGAAGGUAUAAGGCAUAUCAUGAAGGAGCAUGAGAUCCAAUACUCUAUCUCGGAAGGCGUCAGCCGCGUGUUGAGAAGCGAAGUUGCAGCGGCUAUGAACACACUGCGAAACGGCCAGCGCAAGGGCGUCAAAUUCCAAGUUGGCGUCAGGGAAGGAGGCGAACACGUGGACGUCCAGCCUACGGAUAUCCCGACGCAACCCUUGACCGAAAAACCUUCCUCCUCCGGCCUCGCCUCCCCAGCCGCUCCAUCGCAGCAGCCACCACCAACCCCGUCAACACCAACCCACCGCCGCCCCAAAUCUGCUGCGAAGAAGUACCAAGCCGGCCACUGCGCCCAAUGCCUCUCCCCCUUUACCACGUACGAAACAGACACGCUGGUUGGCUUCGCUUGCGGACACGUGUUCCACUUGCCGCAUUUACUGGAAGCGUUGAAUCCGGGGAAGACGGUCGAUGCCGAUGUGUUGCUGGGAGGUAUGGGAGCAGAGGAAAGGAGCGCUCAUUUGGUUGGGGCGAAGGUGACGCAUGCGAGAUUGUUGAGGGAUCGGAUCGUUGGCGGUUGUGUUGUUUGCAAGGCUGCUAAGGAGGAGGAAGGGGAGGGAAGGUAAGGUACCCGUACAAGAGCACCCGGGAAAGAAAGGGACGGGGGACAAGAUUUUGCAGUGUGUAUUCAAUGUUAUGAGCGAUGAUUGCCUUUUGAGAGAAGGUUUUGGUUAAAGGAUGAGUAUCGGGCCGAUGUUGGAGCUUCGUGGGAGAAUGGAUGAGAGGAAACGAGACCGGUAUACUUUGUACGCAUAGACGGCUAAAUAUGCGCGCGGACUGGGACGUAUGUUAUGAUUAUGAAUAUAGAUAUGUUGAUGACUUGAUAGGAGCUAGCAAGCUUGUACUCUACG